CGACAUAAUUACUCGUUAUUUGCUGUAUAUGACUCAUAUUUUGACGUUGAUUACGCUUCAACGAACUAUUUUUCAUUACGGCGAGUGACGAUUACAAGCCGGAAGCGUAUUUAUUGGGCGAGGAGGAUCAUCAGUUUGAAAAGGAUUCAGGGAACCAUGGCAGAAGCUGAGAACAAGCCAACUGCUGAAGAGGAUCUGCAUGAGGACGACCCUAACUACAAGGCCCCCGCUCAGAAGUCUGUCAAAGAAAUCGUUGAAGCCGAUCAGGAGGAUGAAAGUCUGCGCAAAUACAAGGAGUCUCUAUUAGGGGGCGCCAUUAAGGAAGUCAAACCUCCAUUCCCUGAUGAUCCACGCAAUGUUAUAGUUUCCAAAUUGUCACUGGUAGUGGAAGGACGAACUGACAAAGAAUUAGAUUUAACAGGGGAUUUAUCAAAACUAAAAGAACAAGUCUUCACAAUUAAAGAGGGAGCCAAAUACCGAAUGAAGGUCUCAUUUUAUGUACAGCGAGAAAUUGUCUCAGGACUCCGGUAUGAACAAAAAACAUCCAGGAAAGGAAUUCAGGAUGUUCUUGGUGCUGUUGACAAAUCAAAGUUCAUGGUUGGAAGCUACGGACCCAAGGAGACAGCCCACGAAUACCUGACCCCUAUAGAUGAGGCCCCCUCUGGUAUGCUGGUGCGGGGGUCAUACACAGUGGAGAGUAAGUUCACAGACGACGACCGCAACUCCAUCCUGGAGUGGAAGUGGAAGUUUGAAAUCAAGAAGGACUGGGACGAUUAAAUGUGCUCAGAUAUUCCGUAGAUCUAGGAUAACCUGACAAACUGCAAUACAUUGUGGCCUUUUUAUUUUAAAUUGAUGAACAGCUGUGAAGAAAAUGGUAGAAGUUUUGUAUUUGGCAAUGGCUUUGAAAAUUUUUGUAUAAUAAUAAUAAUUUAAUAUUCUUUUAUACUUAGUUUUAAAAAAAUGGUUUUGGUCUAAUGUCAGUCUUGCCUGUAUUAAAGUGAUCCCACCUUGUUGAUAGCUAAACAAUUGCAUACUCUGUCAAAAAAUUUACAUACUCCAUCAACUUAACCCAAGAGAAAGUGAAACUAAGUAGUCUGGCAGGUGUUCCAGUAGUGUCUCUCCAGUGCCAAUGUGUGUUAUCAAGUGCUUUAAGAUACUGAUAAACUUCUCCUUACGAUAGCAGUUAUUGGCCUGUUAUUGAAUGUUACUAACGUUACAUUACUCAGUGCUAGUCUCAGCUAACAUAGCUAAAAUAGCCAAACUUUUGUUAUCAGUAAAUCAGCGGUAGUUUUUUUUUAUAAUUUUGCUGUAAUAUUUUUGUAUAUCUUUGUUAUACAUACCAUGGAAAUAAAACACACAGAUCAUUCCUUUUUGAUGGUCAUGUACAGUGGCUUCAAGUCUUCUGAGAUGCCGUUUGUAGGACUUUAUCUGAUAUAUUUCUGAAGUGCAAUCUCUCUUGGUGCAUUUUUUGAUUGUACAGUGAAAAGUUUUUUUUUUAAUUGUAUUGUGCAAACCUGUUGGUCAAUUUGUCAGAACUGCUGCAUCAAAAAAAAAAAAAAAAAAAUUUAGACACUAGAUUGUUUUUAACUUUUGCCUUUCCAUUGGUAUAUGAUCAAAUUUAGAUAUAGUUUAACUGGUACUUAAAAUCUCAGCUUUUCUGAAAGGCUUAAAAUUGGUACAUGUACAUGCAUUUUGUGAAUUUAUGAAUAAUGUAUACCUGUAUCUGUAAUAUAGCAUGCUAUGAAGUGUACUAGUAUAUACAAAAUCUUCUGUAUACCUGUAUUAAUUAAGGUGUUUGUACCACUCUGCGCUUUGUUUUCCAUGUGAUGCCUGUAUUUUAUGUUUGGUGCUGCAUGCUCUAUGCAAUUAGAGGUUUGAUGGACAGAGAGAGAGGGAGAGAGAGACGACCGAUUGUGGCCACACCUUCUGUGUAAUUUCCUUGUCUCUGAUGUCAUUUUCUUUAUCUGUCACUAAAUAAAUGUGUACAUGAUCA